AUGAUAAAAAGCAAUAGAAAUUUGGGUGAUACCUAUCAUACUUUAGGGGAAUACCACAAAGCUAUUGACUAUUACAAAAAAGGUCUAGAAAUUAGCACUGCUAUUGGCGAUCGGUCAGGAAUAGCAAGAAGCAAUGGCAAUUUGGGCAAUGCCUAUAAUAGUUUAGGAGAAAACCAGAUGGCUAUUGACUACUAUAAAAAAGAUCUAGAAAUUAGCGCUGCUAUUGGCGAUCGGUCAGGAAUAGCAAGAAGCAAUGGCAAUUUGGGCAAUGCCUAUAAUAGUUUAGGAGAAUAUCAGACGGCUAUUGACUACUAUAAAAAAGAUCUAGAAAUUAGCACUGCUAUUGGCGAUCGGUCAGGAAUAGCAAGAAGCAAUGGCAAUUUGGGCAAUGCCCAUAAUUGUUUAGGAAAAUAUCAGACGGCCAUUGACUAUCAUAAAAAUGAUCUAGAAAUUAGCACUGCUAUUGGCGAUCGGUCAGGAAUAGCAAGAAGCAAUGGCAAUUUGGGCAAUGCCUAUGAUAGUUUAGGAGAAUAUCGGACGGCCAUUGACUAUUAUAAAAAAGACCUAGAAAAUAGCACUGCUGUUGGCAAUCGAUCAGGAAUAGCAAGAAGCAAUUGCAAUUUGGGCAAUGCCUAUAAUAGUUUAGGAGAAUAUCAGAAGGCCAUUGACUAUCAAACAAAAAGCCUGGAGAUAAGCACUGCAAUUGGCCAUCGAUCAAUAAUAGCACGAAGCAAUGGCAAUUUGGGCAAUGCCUAUUACAAUUUAGGAGAAUAUCAGAAGGCCAUUGACUUUCACAAAAAAGAUCUAGAAAUAAGCACUGCUGUUGCCAAUCGAUCAGGAAUAGCAAGAAGUAAUGGCAAUUUGGGCAAUGCCUAUGAUAGUUUAGGAGAAUAUCAGACGGCCAUUGACUAUCAUAAAAAAGACCUAGAAAUUAGCACUGCUAUUGGCAAUCGAUCAGGAAUAGCAAGAAGCAAUUGCAAUUUGGGCAAUGCCUAUAACAGUCUAGGAGAAUAUCAGAAGGCCAUUGACUAUCAAACAAAAAGCCUGGAGAUAAGCACUGCAAUUGGCCAUCGAUCAAUAAUAGCACGAAGCAAUGGCAAUUUGGGCAAUGCCUAUUACAAUUUAGGGGAAUAUCAGAAGGCCAUUGACUUUCACAAAAAAGAUCUAGAAAUAAGCACUGCUGUUGCCAAUCGAUCAGGAAUAGCAAGAAGUAAUGGCAAUUUGGGCAAUGCCUAUGAUAGUUUAGGAGAAUAUCAGACGGCCAUUGACUAUCAUAAAAAAGACCUAGAAAUUAGCACUGCUAUUGGCAAUCGAUCAGGAAUAGCAAGAAGCAAUUGCAAUUUGGGCAAUGCCUAUAACAGUCUAGGAGAAUAUCAGAAGGCCAUUGACUAUCAAACAAAAAGCCUGGAGAUAAGCACUGCAAUUGGCCAUCGAUCAAUAAUAGCACGAAGCAAUGGCAAUUUGGGCAAUGCCUAUUACAAUUUAGGAGAAUAUCAGAAGGCCAUUGACUUUCACAAAAACGAUCUAGAAAUAAGCACUGCUGUUGCCAAUCGAUCAGGAAUAGCAAGAAGCAAUUGCAAUUUGGGCAAUGCCUACAAUAGUUUAGGAGAAUAUGAGAGGACCAUUGAAUAUCACAAAAAAGAUCUAGAAAUAAGCACUGCUAUUGGCAAUCGAUCAGGAAUAGCAAGAAGCAAUUGCAAUUUGGGCAAUGCCUAUUAUAGUUUAGGAGAAUAUCAGAAGGCCAUUGACUAUCAAACAAAAAGUAUGGAGAUAAACACUGUUAUUGGCGAUCGAUCAGGAAUAGCAAAGACGAAUUGCAAUUUGGGCGUUGCCUAUUAUAAUUUGGGAGAAUAUCAAAAGGCCAUUGACUAUCACAAAAAACAUCUAGAAAUAAGCACCGCUAUUGGCGAUCGAUCAGAAAUGGCAAGAAGCAACGGCAAUUUUGGCAAUGCUUAUAAUAUGUUAGGGGAAUAUCAGACGGCCAUUGACUAUCAUAAAAAAUAUCUAGAAAUAAGCACUGCUAUUGGCGAUCUAUCAGGAAUAGCAAGAAGCAAUUGCAAUUUGGGGAAUGCGUAUAAUAGUUUAGGAGAAUAUCAGAAGGCCAUUGACUACCAAACAAAAAGUCUGGAGAUAAGCACUGCUAUUGGCGAUCGAUCAGGAAUAGCAAGAAGCAAUGGCAAUUUGGGCAAUGCCUAUAAUAGUUUAGGAGAAUAUCAGAAGGCCAUUCACUAUCAAACAAAAAGUCAGCAAAUAAGCACUGCUAUUGGCGAUCGAUCAGGAAUAGCAAGAAGCAAUGGCAAUUUGGGCAUUGCCUAUAAUAGUUUAGGAGAAUAUCAGAAGGCCAUUGACUAUCAAACAAAAAGUCUGGAAAUAAGCACUGCUCUUAACGAUCGAUCAGAAAUGGCAAAGAGGAAUUGCAAUUUGGGCAAUGUCUAUUAUAAUUCAGGAAAAUAUCAGAAAGCCAUCGAUUAUCACAAAAAACAUCUAGAAUUGAGCACUGCUAUUGGCGAUCAAUCAGGAAUAGCAGGAAGCAGUGGCAAUUUGGGCAAUGCCUAUAAUAGGUUAGGAGAAUAUGAGACGGCCAUUGACUAUCAUAAAAAAGAUGUUGAAAUUAGCACUGCUAUUGGCGAUCGGUCAGGAAUAGCACAAAGCAGUGGCAAUUUGGGAAAUGUCUACGAUAGUUUAGGAGAAUAUGAGACAGCCAUUGACUAUCAUAAAAAAGAUCUUGAAAUUAGCACUGCUAUUGGCGAUCGGUCAGGAAUAGCAAGAAGCAAAGGCAAUUUGGGCAACGCCUAUAAUAAUUUAGGAGAACGUCAGACGGCCAUUUAUCAUCACAAAAAAGAUCUAGAAAUAAGCACUGCUAUUGGCGAAAGAUCAGGAAUAGCAAGAAGCAAUGGCAAUUUGGGCAAUGCCUAUAGAAAUUUAGGAGAAUAUCAGAAGGCCAUUGACUAUCAAACAAAAAGUCUGGAAAUAAGCACUGCUAUUGGCGAUCGGUCAGGAAUAGAAAUAAGCAAUGGCAAUUUGGGGAAUGCCUAUCAUAGUUUAGGGGAAUAUCUGAAGGCCAUUGACUAUCAAACAAAAUGUCUGGAAAUAAGCACUGCAAUUGGCCGUCGAUCAAUAAUAGCACGAAGCAAUGGCAAUUUGGGCAAUGCCUAUGACAAUUUAGGAGAAUAUCAGAAGGCCAUUGACUAUCACAACAAAGGUCUAGAAAUAAGCACUGCUAUUGGCGAUCGAUCAGGAAUAGCACGAAGCAAUGGCAAUUUGGGCAAUGUCUAUCAUAGUUUAGGAGACUAUCAGAAGGCCAUUGACUAUGGUACAAAAAGUCUGGAAAUAAGCACUGCUAUUGGCGAUCGAUCAGGAAUAGCAACAAGCAAUGGUAGUUUGGGUAAUGCCUAUCAUAAUUUGGGAGAAUAUCUGAAGGCCAUUGACUAUCUCAAAAAAGAUCUAGAAAUAAGCACUGCUAUUGACGAUCGAUCAGGAAUAGCAAAAAGCAGUGGCAAUUUGGGCAAUGUCUAUCAUAGUUUAGGAGACUAUCAGAAGGCCAUUGACUAUGGUACAAAAAGUCUGGAAAUAAGCACUGCUAUUGGCGAUCGAUCAGGAAUAGCAACAAGCAAUGGUAGUUUGGGUAAUGCCUAUCAUAAUUUGGGAGAAUAUCUGAAGGCCAUUGACUAUCUCAAAAAAGAUCUAGAAAUAAGCACUGCUAUUGACGAUCGAUCAGGAAUAGCAAAAAGCAGUGGCAAUUUGGGCAAUGUCUAUCAUAGUUUAGGAGACUAUCAGAAGGCCAUUGACUAUGGUACAAAAAGUCUGGAAAUAAGCACUGCUAUUGGCGAUCGAUCAGGAAUAGCAACAAGCAAUGGUAGUUUGGGUAAUGCCUAUCAUAAUUUGGGAGAAUAUCUGAAGGCCAUUGACUAUCUCAAAAAAGAUCUAGAAAUAAGCACUGCUAUUGACGAUCGAUCAGGAAUAGCAAAAAGCAGUGGCAAUUUGGGCAAUGUCUAUCAUAGUUUAGGAGACUAUCAGAAGGCCAUUGACUAUGGUACAAAAAGUCUGGAAAUAAGCACUGCUAUUGGCGAUCGAUCAGGAAUAGCAACAAGCAAUGGUAGUUUGG